AUGGAGACUUUUGCGAGAUUCGCCGCGAUUUGCGCAUUUCUGCUCGCGAUCCUUCUCCAAGUCGCAAACUGCGAUGCAGAGUGGCCGGCGUGCAAUGACACCAUUACCCAAAGCUGCAUCAAGAUUGUCACCGUCCAACCUGACGCAAGUGUGACCACAGUCACCACUUUUUCAACUUACACGCCGCCGCUGCCUACUCUCAAGCCGUUCAGCACAGUUGUAACAGAAACCCGUCCAACGCUCACAACAAUCUGGACUCUUACCGCACCUCCCGGAAAUUACCACCCAAUUAUUGUCACUGUGCUUCAAAUAUACACCUACGCCGACGAAACGACAACCUGGACAAGCGCAUAUGUCGAGAGUGACUUCUCUGAGUGGGAUGCGACUAGAACGAAGCCGAUGUCGAUUGUGGACAACCAUUCGACAAGCAUGCCUACUUCACAGUCCGCUCAAUCGUCGACUUCAAGCCUGAACGCUCUGGAUGUCCUUCAGCAAGCUCUUGCUACAAGGGUCGGAGUGGGACGUGUCUGGUUGAGAGCGCUACUUCUGGGCUAUCAUUCAGGAAUUUUUGCUUUCUGCCUUAUGCGAUUCUCUUCCAAGAUCAGUAAAAGCAUGCAAAGCAAGGCGCGGUUGCACAUCCCGUUUAACUAA